AUGCAGGAAGUGAAAGAGGAACCAAAGAGGCAGGAAGGAACGAUGACAGAGAACAAACCGCACAGAUUCACACCCAAAGAUCAUGGGAAGAGGUGCAAAUCUGGAAACAGCACCCCAGGUCUGCAGAGCCUGACCAAAUACGUGCCUCGACCGGGACCAAUGGACCGCAAGGUGGUGCUGAAGGCGCUGCAGCGCUCCAUGGCCCGUAUGCACGUGGAUAGUCUGGACUGUGUUCAGUUCCACUGGUGGGACUAUAGAGACAAAAGAUACCUGGAGGCACUGGGACACCUGUCCGACCUGCGGCAGGAGGGACUUAUUCGAGAGCUUAGCCUCACUAACUUUGACACACAGAGGCUGGAGGAGAUCACCAGCAGAGGCAUCCGCAUCUCGAGCAACCAGGUUCAGUACUCUUUGAUAGACCAGCGCCCUGCAGCCAGGAUGGAGCAGUUCUGUGUGGCAAACAACAUUCAGCUCCUCACUUAUGGCACGCUGGCUGGCGGUUUACUCUCAGAGCGUUAUCUGGGGCAGACGGAGCCCAACUCCAGGGCGGAGCUCUACACCGCCUCCCUCUCUAAGUACAAGAAGAUGAUCGACUCUUGGGGGGGCUGGAGCCUUUUCCAGGACCUCCUCGUUGCCUUGGAGACCGUUGCCAGGACACACGACUGCUCGGUGGCCAGUGUAGCAACGCGGUACGUGCUGGACCGCCCUGCGGUGGGCGGGGUCAUCGUGGGCUGCCGGCUGGGCAUCUCUGGGGCAGGGGAGCACCUCAGCGACACUCUGCAGAGCUGCAGCCCUGCCCUGAAGCUGACGGAGGGAGAUCUCGCCGCCAUCGAGACAGUGACACGACGCUCCAGGGACCUCAUGGCGCUCAUCGGGGACUGCGGGGAUGAGUACAGGAGCUAAAGGGGGGGAAGGGGGGAGUGACUAACUGGGAGUGACAGAUGGGGUGAGGAGGAGGAGUAAAGCAAGGGAUAGGAGAAACAUCUCACAUAUCUACCC